AUGUGCUGGGGGGGGCUGCGGUCCCUGGGGGCGUUGGGGGUCCCGGGACCAGCUCGCCCCAGCUCAGUUGAUCUGCUCCUCUUCCCAGGUGGAGGUGGGGAUGGCGCUGUAGGGAUCCACGAUGAGCUUGGCGCACCGCACCAUCAUGGCCAGGAGGAAGAGGCCCAGGAGGGCCACGAAGGCCACGGCGAAGCCCUUGUCCACGUCGACGGCCGGCGGCACCGUGGCGCCGUCCAUGCGGGCGGCCCUCAGGUGCGCGGCUGCCGCGGGCAUCCCUGCGGGGCAAAGACGGGACUCCACACUCUCCGCUGCGUUAGGUGCAACGAGCGCGCCAGGGCUUGGCUGACCCCCUGCAAAAUGGACACUGAUGGGGGUGAGAAGCAGCAGGACAGGAGGAAAAAAAAAACCCUCCGGCCUCCACUGAAUACUGGAGAAUGCCCCCAGGUAUGCGGAACGUCCUCCCAGCUUCGGCAGGCCGAGGCCGAAGAUGGGCAAACUGACCACGAAAAUAAGUUGGAGCUUAUUUGUGUGUUCAAGCUUACUGGAAAACUGGCAUGUGAGAAGGGGUUCAGCCCCCACCCACCGGGCUCCUCCUCUGUCGAAAAAGGAGACCACAUCUUUUAG